UAUUGCUUUAGAAUUAUAUCGAGAUAGAGAAUUGCUUAAUAGACUUGCAGAAUAACAUCUUGGUAUGCUGUCUCAGCUGUUCGCAAUAUGGAUGGACGGUAG